AUGAAUACCGACCGGCUGCAAUCGCAGAGGCCGCCUAGACCUGCUUUGCAAAGAGGAAUUUGGGGAAGUCUGACUACUGCCUCGGUUGCCGCCUAUAAUUUCCUCGCACACGACUUUGAAGAUGUACCAGACCGCUAUCGAGACGAAACGGCUUACCCAACUCGUUUAUCUCGGGCCGGCUCGAGCAUCCGACUCGGACAAGCGCAUGGCCGCAACAACUAUCCACUGAAGCCACCGGCUAUUCGCAAGCGCACAUGGCAAAAGGAUGAGAAUGGGGAGCUGCACAACAAGUCUUACGAGGAUGCGCAGUUCAGUCAGUAUGACGAGGCUCGCGGAGGACAGGAUCGAAACCCUUUCGACAACUUGACCGAAGUUGAGAAUCAGUACCACCAACACAGCGAGACCGAGGAGCCGUUUUCAAUUUACUCGAAGAAGCAGAAAUGGACCAUUAUUGUUAUUAUCGGAUUGGCAGGGCUUUUUUCAGGUUUAUCCUCUAACAUUUACAAUCCCUCCUUGGAUGUUAUCUCAAGGGAACUGAAAGCAUCCGCAUCUCAAGUCUCCCUCACGAUAACAUCUUACUUGGUUAUGCAAGCUAUAACGCCGUUAUUAUGGGGUCCGCUGUCAGACUUACUCGGCAGACGGCCGACAUAUAUCGCCUCUUUUGCAGUCUACAUUGUUGGGAAUGUCGCGCUAAGCUUUUCUCCCAACCUCGCGGUCUUACUCAUUUUUAGGGGUGUUCAGGCUUCUGGAAGCUCGUCAACCGUCAGUAUUGGUAACGGCGUUAUGCAAGAUAUAGCCCCACACUCCGAGAGAGGUGCCUUCAUCUCCUUCUAUCAAGCUAUUCGGAAUUUUAGCACAGCAUUCGGCCCAGUCAUGGGCGGCGCGUUGGCCAAUUCUUUUGGCUUCCGAUCAGUCUUCAUAUUCCUGCUGAUCGUGUCGUCGCUCAUACUCACCACCAUUGUGUUGUUUCUGCCAGAGACGUUGCGAUCGAUUGCCGGUAACGGGUCGCUGCGUUUGACUGGCGUUCACAAACCCCUUUACUAUUACAUAAAGGAACCGAAGUACAUUCAAGAUCCAGACGGUCCGCUGGUUCUUCAAAAGAUCACCGUCUACACCUUUUUGAGACCAUUCAGACUCUUCAAAGAAAAAGAUUUAGUCAUCAACCUCGUGUGGGGUGGAGUCAUCUACGCCAUAUGGAACAUGGUGACGACAAGCACGACACCAUUAUUCAAAGCAAACUUCGGCUUGAACGAACUUUUGCUGGGAGUAGCGUUUAUUCCGAAUGGAUUCGGAACCAUUGCCGGCUCAGUUGUUGCCGCGAAAACCUUGACUAGAGACUAUAAGUCCGUAGAGACCAGGUAUAAGGAAACGCACAACAUUCCUUACGACGAGGAACUCUCACCAAUGGACAUCCCGCCGGACUUCCCCUUGGAGCAAGCGCGCUUGCAGCGUCUACCGUGGAUGGUGUUUCUGUUUGUCGCUUCCCUCGCCGGGUAUGGGUACUCGUUGUCAUAUCCCAGAAUGACUGCUCUACCCGGUUGGAUUGCACUGCCACUCACGAUGCAGUUUCUCAUUGCAGCUUCGGCAAAUGCCAUGUUUGCUCUUAACCAGACCAUCAUAUCAGAUCUCUGCCCCGGACAAGGAGCGAGCGCGACAGCGGUCAACAAUUUGGUCCGCUGUGGUCUCGCCGCCCUCGGCGUGGCCUUCACGGAGCAAAUGCUUAACGCUGUUGGUCCUGGAACAGCCUUUCUGUCCCUGGGAAUGGCUGUUAUUGCUGUCUCCCCAAUCCAGGUGGUCAACCAAUUCUGGGGGCCCUUGUGGCGAGCACAGAGGGAAAUGAGGAGACCCAAGAUGAAUGCGAUUGGCCAAGAUCGGCAGAAAGCUUAA